ACUUCCACGGAGGGGCGUGGCCGCGGUGCGCAGGCGCGCUGGGUGGUUCAGAAGCGAAUUCUGCACCGCGAAGCCUGAGAGGCAGGUAGCUGCGGCGCUGGGCUGGCGGCGGCGAGUCCACGUGCUCCCCGCGGCCGGUUGAAACCGUUGGCGGGCGCUGGCUGAGAGGCAAUGUUUGCUGUCUUCCAUUGGAGUGACUGAAUUUCUACAUGACGGCUUUUUACAUACUUCUUGUUGAGGCAGUGCUCGGGACACCUGGGCUUGUGAACUCCAGUAAUUCAGCACCCAGCAGUUGGGACACCUGGACUUGGUUCCAUUUCUUUCUGACUUGUCUGACAAGCUGCCACAUGAAGGAGGCCCCUGUCCAUUACAGCUGAGGACAAGACUUAAAACCUGUCUUGGAUAGAGAAUAUUUAGCCAUUUACCUAAAAAUGGUAUUUUUUACAUGCAAUGCAUGUGGUGAAUCAGUGAAGAAAAUACAAGUGGAAAAGCAUGUGUCUGUUUGCAGAAACUGUGAAUGCCUUUCUUGCAUUGACUGCGGUAAAGAUUUCUGGGGCGAUGACUAUAAAAACCACGUGAAAUGCAUAAGUGAAGAUCAGAAGUAUGGUGGCAAAGGCUAUGAAGGUAAAACCCACAAAGGCGACAUUAAACAGCAGGCGUGGAUUCAGAAAAUUAGUGAAUUAAUAAAGAGACCCAACGUCAGCCCCAAAGUGAGAGAACUUUUAGAGCAAAUUAGUGCUUUUGACAACGUUCCCAGGAAAAAGGCGAAAUUUCAGAAUUGGAUGAAGAACAGUUUAAAAGUUCAUAAUGAAUCCAUUCUGGACCAGGUGUGGAAUAUCUUUUCUGAAGCUUCCAACAGCGAACCAGUCAAUAAGGAACAGGAUCAACAGCCACUCCACCCAGUGGCCACUCCACAUGCAGAAAUCUCCACCAAGGUUCCAGCCUCCAAAGUGAAAGACGCCGUGGAACAGCAAGGGGAGGUGAAGAAGAAUAAAAGAGAAAGAAAGGAAGAACGGCAGAAGAAAAGGAAAAGAGAAAAGAAAGAACUAAAAUUAGAAAACCACCAGGAAAACUCAAGGAAUCAGAAGCCUAAGAAGCGCAAAAAGGGACAGGAGGCUGACCUUGAGGCUGGUGGGGAGGAAGUCCCUGAGGCCAACGGCUCUGCAGGGAAGAGGAGCAAGAAGAAGAAGCAGCGCAAGGACAGCGCCAGUGAGGAAGAGGCACACGUGGGCGCAGGGAAGAGGAAGCGGAGGCACUCGGAAGGUGAAACAGAUUCUAAGAAGAAAAAGAUGAAGCUCCCAGAGCAUCCUGAGGGCGGAGAACCAGAAGACGAUGAGGCUCCUGCAAAAGGUAAAUUCAACUGGAAGGGAACUAUUAAAGCAAUUCUGAAACAGGCCCCAGACAAUGAAAUAACAAUCAAAAAGCUAAGGAAAAAGGUUUUAGCUCAGUACUACACAGUGACAGAUGAGCAUCACAGAUCCGAAGAGGAACUCCUGGUCAUCUUUAACAAGAAAAUCAGCAAGAACCCUACCUUUAAGUUAUUAAAGGACAAAGUCAAGCUUGUGAAAUGAACAUUUGUGUAUUUAAAAAUUGAAUCCAUUCUGCUGACUUCUUCCUUUCACUGCUGUUUAUAAAAUGUGUAAUGAAUUCUAACAACUCAAAUUUUGCUUUUAAGAAAAAAUAUAUUUUUGGUAUAACUUUUAUGAGAAAAAUAAAAUAUAUUCUGGUCCAAACUUCUAAA